AGAAGAGAACUGCAAGAAAUGAAGUGGAUGCCUCGAAAUUUCAGUCAUUCCGUUUUCUCAACUUCUGGAGGCUGUUACUGGUGCUAGGUUUAGUAAAAGCCAAUGUCAUCAACAAGGUCCCUUAAGAUUAAGCUAAAAGAAUGGAAGGGAAUUAAAUGUAUUAGCCUGCAGAAUCCAUUUGCAUUGGUUGAGAGAUAGGCUCACCUUUUUGUGGUGUGAACAAAUUGGAAUAAACCCACUAGUUGGGAACGGAGGUAUGCUGGUGGUGGUGGUGUGGUUGGGUCAGCAAUGUGGACUAUGCCAGAUGGUGAUGGAAGGACAAUGACAUACCAAUUAUCACUAAGGAGGAGUUUCAUUUUUCCUGGUAAUUAGGACAACAAAGCCGCACUGUAACUCCUACUUCAAAGCCUCUUCUACCUGUUUUUGUCAGUUGCAGGUGGAUGUUGAUGCCCUUUCACUGACCUAAUAAAAGGCUUAUUUAUCAGUUGGUUGCUAACAAAUCAUUACAAUCAGAAAAGAAAACCGGGCAUGCGAGUGCUGGACCCAGCAACAGAGAUGAGGCGUACAUAGGCACCUCCAUUGUCUUGUUAGUGGAUUACUAGCACUGAUGUAUGCUUUCUCCUAAAAUAUAUCUUCGCCCAGAUGCCUAAGAUAACUCGGAAUGCUAGGGUGAACCACACUUUCAUUGCUAAACAGCCAUUAAGCUCUUUUACACGAAGGGACCUUGAUUUUGUUUCUUUUACCAAGAUGGAAUAGGAAAGAAUCAUGAAACUUAAAUGAGACUAUGAAAUAGAAGGAUCGUUUCAUUUCAACAACAAAAGAACAUGUUAUAGCCAGCUGCAACUUGGCUAAUAUGAAGACGAAACCAUUAAAAAGACUGAGCACAAAUAAAGAAAAUGCCAGCUAGCUUCCUUUCGCAAGAGAAAAAGUGACUUUCGUAUAGGCUUCCUAUACAUUCAACAUUUGACACGCAUAUUGACAACUUUGGAUGAUCCAAGUGUCGUGCGGGUAUCAGUCACGUAGCUUAAUCCAAACUUUCACCAUCUUAGCUUACAUAUCAGGCCCAUGCGCAGUUUUGAAGCGGUCGGGCCGACCAUCCCCGCCUCGAAGGCUAUAGGUGUGGCCAUUGAAAGUAGUGUACUGCACAAGUCGUGGCCGGUUUUGACAUAUUGCUCCUUACCAAAUGGUUGAAUUCAGAUUAUGGGUAUUAAAGUUUUCCCAUUUUGGUGUAAGGGGUUGCCAUCAAUUUCUGAAGCGGCUCAUUCCAUACACUAAGCAAUGUUCAAAAUCGGGAUUUCGAGAGAUCAUAGGCUUUUGGUUUUGAAAAAAGACUCUCAUUGUGGACACAGCAUUGCCAACCCAAUUCAGCUUCCUAUCUUGAAAUCCGGGGCCCCAGGUUGUGAUGCAGUGUGUGGAGAAAUCGUGUACUGAAACCGCAACCAUUAUUGAAAUACAGAGAUACUGUACUAAGCAAAUUAUAAAAAUGUUGACCCAGAAAACAAAAUGGGAUAUCAGAAGCGACCUGUGGAGAAUGCAUGCGCAUAUUGUUUCUAUUUAUGAUAUAGCCAACUUUGAAGGGGCACAAUAAUGAGAAGCAUAUGGGACGCUCGGACGGCCAAGUGCACAUGUCUGUCCGUCAACUAAAGCCUAUGCCCUAUGGUUUCAGAUUCCAGGGAGUUACUGCAUUUGCCUUUGCCUUUGGCUUUGCCUUUGCCUUUAUCAAAGGAUCAAAGGCUCUUUCUUCUUUGUUUUCAAGGGCAUAAGCAUCGGAUGCGGGACCACUGGAUGAGUCAACAAUCCAUAUGACCGGCGGUGCAAGUAACACGGGUCUUGCGACAAUGGGGCUGUGAUGGCAACAAACCAACAAGCGAGUGGACUUCUCAUCAGAAACACCAAAGUCAACAGCAGAAGUCUGCCUUAGUGGCAACCUCUUUUUCCUUUUACUUACUUUUUCUUUCUUUUUGCUCUCCGAAACGAAGACUUGAAAAGGUUUGCAUACUGAUUCACAAAAACAUAUUAUAGCGUCUCCGAUUCUCUUCUUUUGCUGUCUUUCUUUAUUAUUUAUACACAGACCAGCUAGUUUUUAGUUUUGACAAUCGAUCCCAAUAAGGGAAUAACCUGAUCGGUAAGAGUUACCCUCCCAUACCCAUAUUGUUUUCCAUCAUACUUCCUCCGUUUCUAACGUUUUUGGAGUUUAAAUUGUAUUCAAAGUUUUCUCCUUAAUGAUUUGGAUUUGGGUUCGAUGUUGCAGUGCAUAAAUUUGGGAAGAAAUUGUAAUUUUAUAAAGUGGGUGUAUUUGUAACUUGGAUUGAGUGGCAGCAAGAACUUGAUCUUGGAAAUUUAGUUAGAGGAAGUUGGAGGUGUUGCAGAUUUUAUUUAUGGGUAGGUUAUGCUGUUUUAAUGCCGCAUGUUCUCAGCUUGUAGGAGGAGCUUCCUCUUGUAGCUCUGGUAAAGGAAGAAGUCAAGAGGGUAUGAUCAAGUAUGGUUUCAGCCUCGUAAAAGGGAAAGCUAAUCAUCCCAUGGAGGAUUAUCAUGUUGCUAAGUUUGUACAGAUAGAAGAACAUGAGCUUGGGUUGUUUGCUAUUUAUGAUGGCCAUUUGGGAGAUCAUGUGCCCCUCUACCUACAAAAGCAUUUGUUUUCCAAUAUCCUUAAAGAGGAAGAGUUUUGGGUUGAUCCUGGAGGAUCUAUUUCAAAAGCCUAUGAGAAAACAGACCAGGCAAUUCUUGCUAACAGUUCCAACUUGGGACGAGGAGGGUCCACUGCCGUUACCGCAAUUUUGAUUAAUGGUCGAAGAUUAUGGAUUGCCAAUGUGGGAGAUUCACGAGCAGUUCUUUCUAAAGGGGGCCAGGCCAUACAGAUGACCACAGACCAUGAACCCAACACUGAAAGAGGCAGCAUUGAGAACAGAGGUGGUUUUGUUUCAAACAUGCCAGGUAGGGUAUUCUGGAAACAGAGUAAUCUAACUCUCUUAUCUGCCCAUAGCCACCUUCUUGAAGAAUGUGGAGAUAAAGCCGAGUCCAAAUAAGAUAGGAAUAGGAAAAGGGUUACCUGUUGAUCAAGAAUUGAUGCAGCAUCUGGUUCCAUAACAGUCCAUUCAGAAUUAAACAGAAAUCCAAACACAGCAGCAUGCACCAAAAAGGAAAAAGGAAAAUUCAAUUCAUUAGCUUUGUUUCUUAAGAAUACUAAAACUCUCUGCCCUAUUGUUUUGGGUUCAACAUAAGCUUUUUAGAUCCACUUUUCUGAAUAAUUGGAUAAUGCCAUAGACUUCCCUUAUUAUGAGAAACGUCUUUCUGCGGUUUUUUUGUUUUUUUUUCUUUAGUUCUUGUUUAUUGCACAAGUGUCUAGCUGACCCCAGGUAACAGGAAUAUGAAGGUUUGUUAUUGGUUCUUGUGCUCCACCUGUUUGCUGAGAAAUUUAAAGAAAAGAACAGAAAAUUCGAACCUCAUAUCUCCCAUUCUAUGUAAAACACAAUGGAGCCACUCGCAUUCCAGGGACAUCCAAAUGCACCUAAAUCUUUUCUCUUUUGGGUUUGUUUAGUUGCAUACUAUUGGGUUUGAUUUGGAACUUUAAUUUUGUGAAAAUCAAAAGAUGUGACGAUAUUGUGAAACUCUCUG